CCUCCCCCUCCUCCUCUGUGGGGCCAACGGCAACAGCAGCAGCACAAGAAGAGCCGUGCCUAGUCUUUGACGGAGGAGAUCCACUAAAACGGGAGUAUAUUAGCUAAAGCCCGCACAGCCAUGGCAGAGAACGCCGGCUUGGAAAACCACCGCAUCAAGAGCUUCAAAAAUAAAGGGCGUGAUGUCGAGACUAUGAGAAGACAUCGAAAUGAAGUGACAGUGGAGUUAAGAAAGAACAAACGGGACGAACAUCUACUCAAGAAGAGAAAUGUCCCUCAGGAGGAGAGUCUAGAAGACUCUGAUGUCGACUCAGACUUUAAAGGACAAAAUGUAACGCUUGACGACAUUUUACAGAAUGCUACAAGUGACAAUGCAGUGGUACAGCUCAGUGCUGUUCAGGCAGCAAGGAAAUUGCUGUCCAGUGACAGAAACCCUCCUAUCGAUGACUUGAUAAAGUCUGGGAUUCUUCCUAUUUUAGUCAAAUGCCUGGAAAGGGAUGACAACCCUUCUUUACAGUUCGAGGCAGCUUGGGCUCUGACCAACAUCGCCUCUGGGACGUCGGCACAGACUCAAGCUGUGGUUAAAUCCAAUGCAGUGCCGCUGUUCCUGCGCCUUCUACACUCUCCUCACCAGAACGUGUGUGAACAGGCAGUAUGGGCUCUAGGAAAUAUUAUAGGCGAUGGGCCACAGUGCAGGGAUUAUGUCAUCUCCUUGGGUGUGGUGAAGCCGCUGCUCUCUUUCAUCAGUCCAUCAAUCCCCAUUACUUUCCUCCGUAAUGUUACCUGGGUUAUUGUUAACCUCUGUCGCAACAAGGAUCCUCCCCCACCAAUGGAGACUGUGCAAGAGAUUCUGCCGGCACUCUGUAUGCUCAUAUAUCACACUGACUUAAAUAUCCUCGUAGACACAGUGUGGGCUCUGUCUUAUCUGACGGAUGGAGGCAACGAGCAGAUCCAGAUGGUUAUAGAUUCUGGGGUCGUUCCAUUUCUCGUGCCUCUCCUCAGCCAUCAGGAGGUGAAAGUUCAGACGGCAGCUCUGAGGGCUGUUGGGAACAUAGUAACGGGCACAGACGAACAGACGCAGGUCGUUCUCAACUGCGACGUCCUCCUACAUUUCCCUAACCUGCUCUCACACCCCAAAGAAAAGAUCAACAAGGAAGCGGUCUGGUUUUUGUCCAACAUCACAGCUGGGAACCAGCAGCAGGUCCAAGCGGUGAUUGAUGCUGGACUGAUUCCUAUGAUCAUUCAUCAGCUUGCUAAGGGGGAUUUUGGUACUCAGAAGGAGGCAGCUUGGGCCAUCAGCAACCUCACCAUCAGUGGCAGAAAAGAUCAGGUGGAGUUCUUGGUGGAGCACAACGUCAUCCCUCCGUUCUGCAGCCUGCUGUCGGUGAAGGACUCUCAAGUGGUUCAGGUCGUCCUGGACGGCCUGAAGAACAUCCUCAUCAUGGCGGGGCAGGAAGCCAGCACUAUUGCUGAGAUCAUAGAGGAGUGUGGAGGUUUGGAGAAGAUAGAACAGCUGCAGCAGCAUGAAAAUGAAGACAUCUACAAAUUAGCUUUUGAGAUUAUUGAUCAAUACUUUUCAGGAGAUAUUUUUGAUGAAGAUCCCAACUUGAUUCCCGAAACCACCCAAGGAGGAACCUUUAAUUUUGACCCGGCUUCUAACAUGCAAACAAAGAAGUUUAACUUCUAAAAGCCAGGAUGUGGGGUUCCACCCAGCUCCCCAUCACAGACACGAACCCAUCCAUCCCACAACCUGGCACCUUUUGGUCCGAAGGAUUUUCAUGUCAGCAUCCAAACUCACCACUUAAGGAUUCACCCACACCUACUCCUGCACUGUGGGGUGUUUUUUUUCUUCUUCUUUUUUUUUCUUCAUUGCCGUCUUUUACGGAAGAUUGUAACCCUUCACAGGAGUCCUGCUUAUAUAAGAGACACCAUGAACACCAAGAGGAGGCCUCGGCCUCUCCUUCCAUGUCCUAAUGUUAACUCCAAGGUAAAAACGAAAGGAAGAAUUUGCCUUCUGGGCAAGAUUUUGCCAAAUGUCAAGUCUUCACAAAGACAAAAUCCAAGCACAUGUUAUGACACCAUUGUGAUCACCACACGUAUUUGUACGAUGAGUGGACACCAUUUUUUUCUUUACACUUUAGAAGGCCCUGCAUUCAUCUAUUAGACUGUCACUAACGGGGAUGAAAUGUUGCUUUUUUGUUUGUGCUUUUCCCCUUCCUGGAUUUUCCCUUUGACUUUGGUUCGCAUAAAUACGUACAGAGAUGUGAACAAAGUAUACACAACUAUGGCACCCCUCUGUCUAGUUUAGAGUUUUUCCCCCAGAGCUAAGCCAUGAAUAACCACAGACCCUCGCUGCCUUCCCGUAGGACAGGUGGAGGGGGGAAAGGGCUCUAAGGUAAAAACAAACAAACAAAAAAAGAGGACUCUGGCAAAGUGACGGACUUGGCCCCAGAGUUUUAAAGGUGACCUCUGUUGGAUAAUCAAGAUGUUUUAUUUUAGAAAAAUCAUCAGAAAUGUGAAGAAAAAUGCCAUUUUUUUGUUUUUGAUAAUGUAAUUGUAGGACCUGCCAGCUGUUUGCUUCUGAUGGCGACGACUUUUUUUGGUUGGUAUUAAAUGUAAAUAACAGGCGGCGGCGUGUGGACGGGUCGCAGAGACUCAAGAGGAGGAGCACAUCAACUGUAGCGUUCGUUUCCUCCACAGGACAUUUUGGGUUUGCUUUUUAUUUUUUUUAAACUUUUCCUGCAUUUGGUCACAUCCAGUGAACGGACUUCCCCUAUAAUGUGAAACUUUGAAGGAGCAAUCCACUUAAACCUUCACGCAAAAGUCACACCCAGAGAAGUUAUCAGACGGAGGACUUUUUUAUUAUUUUUUUUUAACCCUCAAAGAAAGCAUCUUCUUUUCUACAACUUUCAGUUUCCUGGUUUUUUUUCCGGUUAAGUCUGUGGAAAUUCUUUUUAUUCAACUUUUUCUUCAGUCUUAUGCACACGUCUGACGGGCACGCUCUUACCUGCCUGCAGAAAGGGACCUACGCUCACGGAAAGCUCGUGUAAGGGGGUGUACAGGUCCUGAUCUUUAAAGAACUUAAUCCUUUGCUUUCAGUGAGGUCAGAUGUCACCGCUCGGUUUGAAGAAUUGUAAAAACAAUGUUUCUCUUUGCCAUCUAAUGAACAUAUAUUUGACAUAAAGCCUGUACAAAGCUGCUGCAGCUGACAGUCAUUAGAUGGACAAUAACUGUCAUGAUUAGCAGGGUGUUUUCUUUUUUAAUAGAAAUGUUUGUUUUAAAAUUUUAUUUUGGGUUGACGUAUACAUAUAAAUGCAUAUAUGAUAUAGUGGCACUCUAAAAGUUGGAACAGACUUAGCCUCCCCUCUUUGUGGUGACGGGCUGUUAAAAAUGUACCGUCUUGUGUUUCAGUUGCCGUUUUGGGGUUCGAGUUAAAGGCGUUAGCUCGCCUGCAACACCCCGCGCCGUCCUCGCCGAUCUGCCGCCCCUUCGUUUGGCUGCUAAUGACUUGCAGGGGUUUGGGAGCGGGGGGGGGUCACGAAGAGGCUUUAAUUAUGGAUUAGGGUUGUCGAGAGCAGCCCAGGCUUUCUCAUGGGACUAGCUUUUUUUUCAAAUUCUAUUUCCAAACAAAACUUUUGAGGGUGUACAGUCAUGAACUAGCAGACCAGACCGAGCCACUUUAAAGAUUUACAAUUUUGUUGCCUUGUGUCUGAUCUUAGAUACAAGCUUGUUUGUUGCAAGAUUUUUACUUGCUAAUAAAAAGUUGUUUUAAAUAAAAUAGAAGAAAAGCAACAGACAGCAUUUUGGCCUCUGAUUGUUUAUAUCUUUUUAUAAAUUUUAGAUUGAAUUCUUCUCUUUAAGGUGGCUCAUUGAUGUUUUCAACUCCUGUGCAUAUUAAAGACGAGAAUGAGUUGAAAAUCAUUGUGCCUUUUGUUUUUCAUUUCAAUUUAAACAAAGUUUUAUUGAAAUGGCAAAAUCUCCACGGAUAGGAGGGAGGUGUGACGUGAGUCUGUUGGGAAAUGAGCCAUGAACGUGGUCAGUACCUGAACUAUGUACAUUUGCCAUUUUUGCCCCACCCGUCCUUCCCAUCAUCCUCAGUACCAGAAGUCAUCCUUCCCAUGGUGGCGGGAUGUGGGGAUUUCCUUUCAUGUUACCCUCAGGACAUCAUCUGUGUCUCUAAUCUUGAUCAAAAUAAACUUGCUGUUUAGCUGUUGGAUUGAA